AUGUUGCUCCCAUCGGCUUUAUCAUGCGACAUGCGCCGGCCUGUGAGCCGUUCGCGCCUCACGCCGAGCCGUCUGUUGACCACGCCGCCCCCGUCAGACGAUGACUCCCCACCAGGCAACGGUCUCCUGGGCACCUGUCGCGCACUUCAGUCCCUUCUGCGAUCGCCCUCGCCCUCUCCGCGACGCACAAAACCUCAACGUCUGCAAAGUCCCCUUGAAAUCCGACCUGCGCCUUCCGCCCGGUCGCGGAAGCCUAAGACCCAUUCAUCCCACCAACAACCACAAUCCACCACCACCGCCACCACCACCACCAUCACCCUCCGACCCAGACAACCCUCCCACACUCCACAAUCGCCUCCUCCCCGCGGUGCCAACAAACGACGCCGCGAUUCUUGCGAAGACGACGACGAUGAAGAAAUUCAAGACUCCGACGUCAUGCGCCAUCGUCGCAUCCGCUUCUCCACCCCCAAACGCCCCAGACACGUCCCCUACGACCUCCCACUAGGCCUCUCCCAAUCCGACUUCUACACCCUCCACUCUCCCCCAAUCACCCAGUCUCCCCCAUCGCCGGUCAUCAGUCGUCAAAUUCAGCGAGUUGAUGCUGACGCUGACGACGAUGGCCCCGCGCCGUACAACCCCGACGCCGCACUGCCCUCCAUCGAGGAAGCAGACGAGACGUCACCGUCGUCGUCCGCACCUCCAGCACCAGACUCCGUCCCGGACUGGUCCGCAGACGACGAUCAGCGCCUCGUGCAGGUCGUGCUGGAGAAGUUCCAGCUGUCGCGGGGCGACUGGGACGACUGUGCUGCGCGCAUGGGCCUGGACCAGGCUAGUGUGGGGCGAAGGUGGCAGGCGCUUGUGGGUGAUGGGAACGUGGGAUUACGUCGUGGGGGACGCAUGACGAGGGGGAGGAUUGAUGAGAUGUGGAUGUAAUUUCUUUAUUUUUCUCUUUCUCUUCCUAUGUGGAUGUAUUUCUAUUUGUGUUUGUUUGUGUUUAUGUUUCUUGUUUGAUGCGUGUUUGACAGCCGGAGCUUUCCCUUUUUUUCCCCACCUGGUUGUUUUCGUCGUUUCUUUUGUACUUUUUCAUUCCUUUUGUUUUUGUCCUUGUCGCGACAUGAUGUAAUCUAUGGAUAUGGGAUAUGGGAUGGAUGGAUGACGGAGUUUUCUUUUUCUUAUUUGUCUUGUGGGUUGAUUGAUUGAUCUUCCUUUGUUUUAUACUGCACAUGGUUAUAUCCCCUGUUUCUACCUUUUUCUUUCUCUUCCCUUCUUGUCUUGUCUUUCUUAUAUUCUCCAUUUCCUUCCCAAUUGG